AUGAACAACGACCAAUUUCGAAGGCUCGUGGGCGCCAGCUCCUCCCAGUCCGGCAGUCCCAGCAAUGGCUCGUCCGCGAGCACGGCAAGCCCCGCCGGCGCAACACCGAGCGCCCUCGGAUCGCGGCAGCGCUCCAGCAUCCCCAUGACGCCACGCUCCGUAGGCGGCGGCUACAGCAGUCGCAACGAGUUUGCCCGCCAGCUCGCCGCGCGCAACAACCCCGAUCAGGCGCAGAAGAAGUUCCGAACGUCGGCGCCCAAGGGCUCCCGCCUGGCCGAGGGCUACGUCGACCGGGCAAAAGAGAGGGAGGCCGAGGAGGAGGACGAGCGCGCGGCGCGGAUCAAGGCGCUCGAGGAGCUGCUCAAGAAGGAGGAGAUUGACCAGGAGACGUUCGAGAAACAACGGGAUCAGAUUGCCGGCGGCGACUUGUCGAGCACGCACCUGGUCAAGGGGCUGGACCGCAAGCUGCUGGCGAGGAUCCGGCAGGGCGAGGAUGUCUACGGCGACGGCAGGGAGGCUCCGCCGGCAGAGGAGGAUGCGCUGCCUGCCGAGGAGAUGGAGGACGAGUUUGACCGCAUCGAGCAUUUGCCUUACCGCUAUGUUCACCUCCUCAGGUGCCUCUCAUGCCUGGCAAGAAGCGCAUGUGCGAUCAGACUCUCAGCCGAGAUGAAGGCGGCGCGCUUGCGGCGGCGCAGGCGGCCCAAGGAGGCGAGCCUCGGCGACAGGUUCAAGAAGAUUGGCGCCAGGCAAAAGGCCGGCACGCGGAUCGAGAGGGACAACAAGGGCCGCGAGGUCAUGAUCAUUGUCGACGAGGACGGCCACGAGAAGCGGAAGGUGCGCAAGGUGCAGCGCGAUUUCGAGGAAGACGAACGGCAACGCGAGCUCAUGAGGCCCGACAGGGACGCCAAGCCUCUGGGGAUGGAGGUACCAGAGAUAUACCAGAAGCAACCAGAACCGGCGGAAGAGGAGGACGACGAUAUUUUUGCCGACGCUGGGGAUGAUUACGACCCGUUGGCGGGGAUGGAUUCUGACUCUGACUCUGAUGAGGAUGAGGAUCACAAACACAAGGACAAGACGGCAGGCGAGGAAGAGGCGCAAGCAAAGGACGAAAAAGCAGCCGCCAAACAGGCCAUGCCGCCACCACCGAGACCGAAACAGGCCGAGGCGAAAGACUACUUCAAAGGCUCCAAGACGGAGCUGCUCUCAGCGCAGACGCGCAAGGCACCGUCCAUGUCAGACCCAGACAUCCAAGCGGCCUUCAAAAGGGCAGCGCAGCUGGGCGCUGCUGCCAAGGAUCGAAAGGGAGACGACGACGACAACGACAUGGCAGACGAGGAGGCACGUCGGCGGGCCGAGAAACACAAGAAGAUGCUCGAGUCGUCGAACCGCGACGAUGCCGACAUUGACAUGGGCUUCGGCACCAGCAGGUUCGAGGACGAAGAGGACUUUGACGACACCAAGGUCAAGCUCUCCGAAUGGGGCCAUGAUGACGAUGAAGGUGAGGGUAAGGGCGGCAAAGGAAAGCGCAAGAGGGGCCCGAAGAAGCGAAAGGGCGACGCCAAUAAUGCAGCAGACGUGCUGCGGGUGAUGGAGCAACGUAAGGCGGCGGGGGCUUGA